GGCAAUGGAUUCCGAAAGCCUGCUGCUGUCGUUGGAGCUGGCAUCGGGCAGCGGGCAAGGUUUAAGCCCCGACCGUCGGGCUUCACUGCUCACCUCCCUGCUUCUCGUUAAGCGCGACUACCGCUACGAGCGGGUGUUGUUCUGGGGCCGCAUCCUCGGCCUGGUCGCUGACUACUACAUCGCGCAGGGCUUGGGCGAGGACCAGCUCGGGGAACGCAAGAGCCUGUACAGCUUGAACUGCAUGGAAUGGAGCCUCCUGCCGCCCGCAACAGAAGAGAUGAUCACCCAGACGUCCGUGGUGAAGGGCCGCUUCAUGGGGGACCCUUCACAUGAGUACGAGCACAUUGAGAUGCAGCAGAUGACUGAAGGAGACAGGACGUAUGAAGACGAGGUGGUGAUCCAAAUCAAGGAGGAAUCUCGCCUGGUGGCAGUCAUUGACCAAAUUGACAAGGCAGUGGCAGUCAUCCCCCGUGGAGCCCUCUUCAAGACCCCCUUUGGACCUGUCCAUGUCAAUAGGACAUUUGAAGGAUUGACUCUGGCAGAUUCCAAGAAAUUCAGUUCCUACUUCCAUUUUGCGGAGCCCGUGGAAUUGAAGAACAAGAGCCUGCUGGAGAAAGCUGACUUGGACCCUUCCUUGGACUUUUUGGACUCCCUGGAACAUGAUAUCCCUAAAGGGUCCUGGAGUAUCCAGAUGGAGAGAGGCAAUGCAUUGGUUGUGCUGAGAAGCUUGCUCUGGCCAGGCCUGACCUUCUAUCAUGUUCCCCGGACCAAGAAUCAUGGUUAUAUUUAUGUGGGCACUGGUGAGAAGAACAUAGACUUGCCCUUCAUGCUAUGACUGGGGUGUGCCUCAGCCUGGGUACUUUAUAUGCAGAGAAACUUGAAUAUAUUUUCAUAAACCACAUGAAUUUAUU